CGGGCGCGCUUUCCGCCGCCGCGGGUUUUUGUACCGCCAUGAGCCUGUGGGCCGACAAGCACCGGCCCGGUGCCCUCAGCCGCCUCGACUUUCACCGCGACCAGGCGGCGCGGCUCCGCAACCUGGUUCAGUGUGGUGACUUUCCUCAUCUGUUGGUGUAUGGACCAUCAGGAGCUGGAAAAAAGACAAGAAUAAUGUGCUUGUUAAGGGAAUUGUAUGGUGCAGGAGUGGAGAAACUGAGGAUUGAGCAUCAGAGUAUAACGGCACCUUCUAAAAAGAAGAUUGAAAUUAGCACCAUUGCAAGUAAUUAUCACCUUGAAGUUAACCCAAGUGAUGCGGGAAACAAUGACCGUGUAGUAAUUCAGGAACUCUUGAAGACAGUAGCACAGUCCCAACAGCUUGAGACAAGUACUCAGCGAGAUUUUAAAGUGGUGCUGUUAACAGAAGUUGACAAACUCACUAAAGAUGCUCAGCAUGCUUUGCGAAGAACAAUGGAGAAAUACAUGGCGACAUGCAGGUUGAUCCUGUGCUGCAACUCCAUGUCAAAAAUUAUAGGACCUAUUCAAAGCAGAUGCCUGGCUAUACGAGUGCCUGCUCCCAGCAUUGAAGAUAUCUGCCAUGUCUUGUCCAGUGUGUGUAAGAAAGAAGGCCUGACUCUUCCUCAGGAACUAGCUCAAAGGAUUGCAGAGAAAUCUGGCAGGAAUCUUCGGAAAGCACUACUUAUGUGUGAGUGCUGCAGAGUACAACAGUAUCCUUUUACUGCUGAUCAAGACAUUCCUGAGAUGGACUGGGAAGUUUACUUGAGAGAAACUGCGAAUGCCAUUGUUGGUCAACAGACACCACAAAGGCUUUUAGAGGUCCGUGGACGGCUUUAUGAACUCUUGACACAUUGCAUUCCUCCUGAGAUUAUAAUGAAGGGCCUCCUGACAGAACUUCUAAAUAACUGUGAUGGACAACUGAAAGGAGAAGUUGCACAGAUGGCGGCCUUCUAUGAACACCGCCUGCAACUGGGCAGCAAAGCCAUUUAUCAUCUGGAAGCAUUUGUUGCAAAGUUUAUGGCAAUUUACAAGAAGUUCAUGGAGGACGGGCUAGAUGACAUGAUGUUCUAACUGAUACCUGAAGUUGUACACAGAAUGUUGCGUCAAGAUACCAGUAAUGUAGUAAAUGCCUACUUGUUGGUGCUUGAUUACAUGUGGAUCUAGUUCUAAGUCAAAUAUUUUUAUUUUACUGUUUAAUAAAGCAGUGUUUGCUCAGCUUUAGAAACCAGAUGGAGUGUUCGACAGCCACAAAUCCAUCUUUAUAUCCAUACAAAAUACAUUGGCCUUUCAGAAAGACAACACGUUGCCUUGGAAGAUGUAUAAGAUCAUAGUUGCUUUGCAGUAUUUGUAAGCUGACAUUAAGAAGAGAGAACACAGAUGCUGUGUGCUUGGUUUUUGUUUGUUAAUCACAGAUGGGCAGGGCUGUAAUAAAAAAAUGCUUUUUCCA